AUGAAAAUCACUUGGAAUUAUUAUUACGGCAUCAUCUACAAAUUAUCCUCGCUCACCGGCAUAUGGCCGUAUCUGGAACCGAGAGCGAGGUUGCUACGCGUCUCUCUGCUGUCCGCCACGUUGUUAACUAUAUUCGUCCCGCAGAUAGCACAACAGUUCACCUGCGAGAAGGAUCUGCAGUGUAUGUUUGAGUCGAUAACAUCGUGCAUCUUGACCAGUGUGGCUUUGGUGAAGGUGUAUUCGUUCCAACUAAACAUUUCUAAAAUCAAAAUUUUCACCGAGCACCUGUUCAACGACUGGAAAGAACUGGAGACCGCCGAGGAGUACGAAGUCAUGAAGUCUUACGCCGAUUAUUGCAGACGAUUCUCUUUGAUAUACUCGGUAUAUUGCUUCAUGGCUGUGUGCGUGUUCAUGUCGGUAUCGAUUGUACCACCCAUACUAGAUAUCAUACGGCCCCUCAAUGAAUCCCGUCCCGUACUGAUGCCGUAUCCCGGAUACUACUUUGUGGAUAAUAGGGAAUACUUUAUUUACAUUUUCGGGCAUUCUCUCGUGGCCUGGGAAAUAAUUAUGGCCAGCAUAGUCGCCCACGAUUGCUUGUUUGUGACUUACAUCGAGCACAUUUGCAGCAAAUUUGCAGUGGUCGGAUUACGUUUUAAAUAUUUGUACUGUGAUCAUGGCCAAACUGUGGAGAACAUAAACAUUGAUUCGGGCGAUAUGUAUCGUAAGAAAGUCGCUUUCUUCGUGCACACUCAUCGCGAAGCUUUAAAGUUCGCGCAGAUUCUCGAGAGAACCUUCACCGUGCCUUUCGCGCUGGAACUGAUCUGCGUCGUGUUGGGGAUGAGCAGUACCUUGCUACAAAUCACGAAGGAGUCCGACCUGUUGGAAAUAACGAGGUACGUGUUAUACGUCAUUGGGCAACUGAUCCACUUGUUCUGCCUCAGCUUCGAGGGACAGAAGCUGAUAGAUCACAGCCUGCAGAUGCGCGACAGAAUAUACAACAGUUUCUGGUACAAGGCGCCUGUAAAAUCGCAGAAACUGCUCAUUCUGGUAAUGAUACAGAGCCUUCGGCCGACUUGCUUGAGCGCCGGCAAGAUUUACAUUUUCUCCUUGCAGAGCUUCACCACGAUUCUACAAACUUCGAUGUCAUACUUUACGGUACUUUCGUCCUUUCAGUAA